UGAAAAAAACGGGACCAAUCUGUAUAUAUAUACAUUCAAACAAAAAAAUAAUUUUCAAAAUCGGUUCAGAAAUUACGGAGUUAUGGAGUAACAAACAUUAAAAAAAAAACACAACCGAAUUGAUAACCUCCUCUUUUGAAAUCUUGAAGUCGGUUAAAAAGCAGUUUCAAUUUCAAAUUAUCAACCUCCUUCUUCCUUACCUUUCUUCUGUCUUAAGAGCAAUUCCUAGCUGAGAAACUUUUCAAAUCUCGAUUUUUUUGAAGCUAUGUUUCUGUCGCGCUGCGGUGGGCGGGAGUGCGUGUGUGCAAUAAGGACAACUGCAGCUCGGACUAAAAUUCCCACUUAAGAAACUCAAACAUCGAGGUUUGGCUCUCGACUGUUUCUUCCUCCAAAACGCAACCAAUCAUUAUGAAAUUUAGGAAACUGCAAGAGGAAGUAAUAAUCUAUGCCACUAUGUUUUGAUUUUUUGAUAUUUGUUGUCAUAUUUGUACACUAGGCCUUUUUUUUUGCAGCCAAUUCAAUUGAGCCGUUUUUGCGAUUUUCGAGGCGCUGUAAGUCCUUCUAAUAUAAAAUAAUCCAAAAAAGCAAAACAUAGCGGCACAGAUAUUGAUGAUAUUGAUCUUAUUUUAAAAAUCAUUGCUCUAGGUUCAAAAUCCAGGAAGGAAACAGUCGAGACCGUUUGUAUGGAACAAUCGCAACUAGGAAUUCCUCUUAAAGAUCUAAUAAUAAUCAUACGCGUUAAAAUGUAGGCAAAACUUCGUUGCAAUUGUUGUCGUAAAAUUAUUUCCGUAUGGACUACUAACACAAAUCGUAUACUAUCUAAAUUUCCACUAUAAAAAAAUUAACAUUGUCGUUAAUGUUAUCUCACACAAAACAAUAUCAUAAUGGAUCUGAAAUUCGAUGUAUUUAAAAGUGAUAUUAAGAUUUGUAACCAAGAUCUACAUUCCCUUGUCACCUGUUUUUAGUCCAUGCUCUACUUGAGCCCGUUCUGAGUUCGCAUAUUGAGUCGACGUCAAAGAUAUGUAUACAUUUUUCGCCUUAUUACAAAGAAGUAAAAAGCAAAAGUGUAAACAUAUCUUCGACGUCAAUUAUCCACCGAUCGCCGCCUUGACACGGUGCAAUUGCAAUUACAUGUUUAAGGAAAUUUGACUCAUAAGGGCUCGUAAUACUAGCCGUUUUGCUAGAAUAUGGUGUGAAGCAAACUUUUCUUCGUGGUGGUGCAAAUUUUAUAAAAGCGGCGCAAUAUUGAAUUACAAGAGUAUUUUUGUAGUAAAAGUGCAUACGGAAUAAUCAGAUAUGAGAUUUUCUUUUGGAAUACAGUGUACCUUAUAGUCGGAAAUAUUAUUUUUAUAGGUUAAAUUGAAUAGAUUAUAUCGCGUAUAUUGUGUAAAAAGGGGAGUCUACCUCGUGAUUAGGAUUUAAAGUUCAGAAAGGACCUGAAACUUAAAACAUGGAAAGGACGGAAUAUCAUUUUUAUAGCAAUAAAUGAAGAAUAUAACAAGUGUUCGUUAAUUCCAAUUUCUAUUUAGAACAUUUUAAAUCCUACAAUGUUACGUCUACUUGGAACAUUAAUGUUACUACAGGCAUUAGUAAUAUCAAAAUGCCAGCAAGAUAUGUUAAUACGAUCGCAAGGAGUCUUCCAGUUUAAAGAUCCCUCAAAUUCGACAUCCCAAACGAGACCUCGAGGAGCCAUGAUGGACCUGGCUAUGAGGGCUCUUUCACCAGCAAGACGACUAACUACGACAUCUACUGAUUUUUUCGGAUUUCUGAGAGAUACAUAUCCGUUGCCUGGCGGUCAAACGGACGCGUGGGCAGAAUACGAUUACGUGGUGGUAGGCGCAGGCUCGGCAGGUUGCGCUGUGGCCUCAAGAUUGACCGAGCAACGUGACGUCACAGUGCUGGUGCUGGAGGCAGGCAGAGCGGAGAACAUCCUCACCGACGUGCCAGCGCUCGCGCCUUACUUCCAACGGACGGAGUACGCGUGGCAGUACAGGACGGAGCCACAGCCGGGCGUGUGUUUAGGUAUGGAAGGCCGCCGCUGCCUUUGGCCCCGGGGCCGCGCUGUUGGCGGUACCAGUGUCAUCAAUUACAUGCUUUAUACAAGAGGGCGGCCCGAGGAUUGGGACAGAAUAGCUCGGGACGGGAAUUACGGCUGGUUCGUAUUGGCAGUAGAUAACUGUCUUGUUAAUUUUCGUAUCCUGUCCUAUCGCCAUAAACAUUAUUAGCCAUAAUUCUCAGAACAAUUCUCGUAAAGUCUUUGGUUUGUAGGUCAUACGAGGACGUGCUGCCAUAUUACAUGAAACUAGAAAGGUCAAACCUCAUGCAAAACAAUGAAAAUCCCUAUAAAGGUCACAGUGGAAAAGUUUCUAUUGAAAAUCCACCAUU